CACAUAACUAGAAUCGGUUAGGGACGUUUGUGAUGAUGAAAACAAACUCGACGAAAUUUGUGCACAAAGAAAUUACAGUGAAAUUGCAAGUUCCGUGGAAAAAAGUGUACAUAUUUUACAAAUUUCGAUAUUAAAUGUGGUUUGAUCACCGAUAGAAGCAUUUUAAUAUGCUGAAAUAUUUUAAGAAACGUAAAGAUUCUCGUAGCAGAGGGACGUGGACCGAUGCCUCUAUCCGAAAAUCCAGUAUCGAAGCGAAUGAAGACGCCUUAACAGACAUUGAAUCAUUGCAAGGUGAACAUGGAAUCAAACGCAACUCCUUGCAAUCUACUUCAAGCUUUUGUGAUGAAAUACUCUCCCAGGCAGACAUAGAGGAUGAUGCAUUGGAUGGUUGCGGUAGUUGUGGCAGGAGCUUGAGUGGCUACAGCUUGGCAUCCGACGAAGAUGUUUUCCGAUAUAAAUCACGUCUGGCGAUGACACUUACGUCAAUACUAAAUGACCCCAACUGUUUAAGCUACUUCGUGCAAUACCUAGAUAUAAAAAAUGCACUUGCUCCGCUAAAAUUCUAUCUUGACACCGAUAAUUUCAAAACUGCAGCACUGGCUCACUUGGAGAAAAGAGAACAAAAUGAUGGGCUAGUGCUAUUAGAAAGUGUAGUAGAUUUACAAAGCUUCAGGGAAGCAAAAAACCAGCCAAACAACGAAAUUAGUUUGACGUGUGAAGAUGUUAGCAGCGCCACGACUUUGGAAGAUGAUAGGGACAGAGUACCUGAAUUAAAAAGUUAUUACGAUUUAUCUAUGCGUCAGCCUCUUACAGAUGAUGAAAAGAGUCAAAUAUACGAAGAAACUAAUAAACAGAUAAAUGAGAGCACACGUUCCAAUAAUUUAAAUAAGAAGUGCCAAAAUUGUUCAGAUGUAAAAUGCUAUGGACUCAAAUGUAGUGAUUUUGCUAUUAAGACCGCAUCGCAUUUGGGCAAUAGCCGAGAAUGUGAUGAAAAGUUCGUGAGCCCAGCUAGCGUAAAGGAUGCAAUUGCUAUAUACCAAAAGUAUUUAAUUGCAGGUGCAAGUCAAUUUGUCUCGUUACCGGUCUCAAUUUUGUCGCAAAUAUCGCUACUGCUAUGUCAACGAACAGAAAAAAUGCAUCUGGCAGCUGCGCAAAAUACCACAGAGUCAGAAUAUGCGCCAACGAUCCCAGCAACAUGCUUUGUUGAAGCGCAACGUUAUUUAAUGGACCAGAUGGAGCGAAUGUACCUAAAUGACUUUUUACAAAGUCCUUUUUACAGUAAAUACUGUGUUGAACUAGUAGAGAAUGGACACCCACAGUUAUCCAUAUAUGACAUUCUAUACAGCGAAGCUACACUUUUUUUCUUUAUGGAAUUUCUUGAACAGCACGGUGAACGCGAAUGCCUUGAUUUCUGGACAUCGGCUAUAAACUUUCGUAAAAGUUACGAAGUCUUAGCUGAAGAUGCCUUGGAAAAGCACACAUCAAAUGCUCGAAGUUCAGUCAAAAGGGAAGCUCAAUCAGAUGCCAUGAUUAUCUACGAAAAAUUCUUCUCGCUGCAAUCGGAAACCCGUUUAUGGUUAUCCGACCGACUACGAAGUCGAGUGGAGGAAUGUAUCUGCGCUGACGGUCGGAUUAGGUACUGCUUUGAUUUACCCUUACAGUUAAUAGCAAAAUACUUAGAGCGCAAAUAUUUCCAAGACUUUUUGGAAUCUCAACUUUUUCAAAACUAUUUGAAUGAGCUAAAGUUGAAAAUAUAUGAGAUCAAUGGUAUAUCUGUAUCAACAGCAACUUCUACUAUCACAAGUGGCGUUUUUCGUAAAUCACUUCACCGCAAAACACUGUCAGAUUGCAGCGAAGGAAAUCGGCGAGAAAUUUUAAAACAAAACACCUUAUUGGCAAUGGACGGCAACAAAUUGCCACAAACACGUAUUAAAAGUCUUCAACAAACUAGAGGGUCGGACCUCCAUAUUGAUUCACGCCAGUUAACAAAUCCAAAUUUGUUGUGGCGUCGUUCAUACUCAUCAGAGGGUGGCGCUCUUAAAUUUGGGCACAUUAACGAGUUAGGUCGCUACGAACGUGAUUUCGAAACUGUAGAUUCUGUGGCAAGUGAAACAUCGUACGGUGGUAAGCUCAACUGGUCUCUUAACCUUAGUGGCAACAAGAUCAAAAAUGCAAUGCGAAAACUAGUUAACUUGCCAGAAGAUAAGGUUCAAGAAGAAAUUGCGUGGCAAGUUGCUGAAAUGAUUGUUAAAGAUGUUACGAGUGUGACGCUAAAAAGUGAUCGUAUUAACUCUACAACAAUAAAAAAGACGACGUAAGUAAGAGCACACCCUUUGGCAUUUAACAAGGAAGUGCCAAAGUCUAUUCAAAAACAUACGCAUAAGUACACUUUGCUAUCAAAAUAGUAAUAACUUAAUUCAUAUGUAUUGUUUAAACUGAUUCCUUAGUUCUACUCAAAGCUUAAUGCAUAGCAUGCUGUACAAUUGUAUUGAGAACCGACUCAGCGCGGUGUGUCUCGAAGGGAAUCUUAAUGUCUCACUUUGUAAAUACUAUUAGUCAGCGUUGUGCUACUAGCCGAAAUGUUUGGGUGCAUAAGAUGGGUUGCAUUCCAAAACGUCAAAAUACAAAGCAUCGGUAUUUUUUAUUUCGAUGGUUUCCAGUCUCAUUUUGUAUGCAUUACACAUUAUUAAGAUUAUGAUAAAGUAGCCAGGUAUUUAAGGAAAAUGCCAACAGUUUAUAUUUUAAAUUAUCUAUUUUAUUUUUUAUCGAAGCUCUCUAAUGCAUAUAUCCUAUGUAUAGUCAAAUUGAUGAACAAAUUGCAAUUCUUUUUCAUAAUAAACAUCU